AUGAGUGGCACGGGGCCGAAACUCAUCCUUCCAAACAAAUAUGCGCAUGAACUACGAAACCACCCUUUCCUGAGUCUUAAUAAAGCUUUCGUUCAGGACUUUUUCACCGAGUACCACGGAUUUGAGCCAUUCUUGGAGGGGACCCGCGAUGACGGCGUUAUCUCAGAUACGGUGCGAACCAAGCUGACGCAAUCUUUGGGCUUGAUCACCGGAGAUCUGGUGGACGAGACCAAUGUUUCCAUGCCCCACAUCUUUGGGGACAGCACAGCGUGGACAAGCGUAUUGCUCAAGGAUGCCAUCCUCAACCUUGUCGCUCGCCUGUCAUCAAGGGUCUUUCUCGGCGAAGAGCUGUGCAGAAAUGAGGAGUGGCUCAGGAUCGCCAAGAGCUAUGCCGUCGACGCCUUGACCGCAACCUAUCUGAUGCGAAUGGCCCCAAGCCUCCUGCGUCCUAUUGCGUACUGGCUCAUCCCGCAAUGUCGAAGGAGCCGCCAGGCGGUUCAGAGCGCGCGCAAGCUCAUCGACCCCGAAGUAAAGAAGCGGAAAAAGCUAGUGGAUGAUGCUCUGCAGUCUGGCGCCAAACCGAGCAAGAUAUCUGACGCCAUUGGCUGGAUGUAUCAAGUCGCUGCCGGCCGGCCCGUCGACUUUGUUUGCGCACAGAUGCAACUUACGCUUGCCGCUGUUCACACGACCACGGAAGUUCUCACACAAGCCAUUCUGGAUCUCUGCGAGCGCCCAGAGCUUGUGCAAAAGCUACGAGAUGAAGUGAUCGAGGUGAAAGCCAGCGGGUUUACUCCUCUGGUCUCAACAGCCAUGAAUCGUCUGGUGGAGAAAGACAUUACGCUCUCUGACGGGAGGUUUCUACCAAAGGGCGUCCGUAUUAAUGUCCUGACAGACUUCAGGAACCCGGAGAAGUAUCCCAACCCGGAUGAGUUUGAUGCAAUGAGGUUUGUUCCCAUGCGACAGGGUCAAGGCAGCGAGAACGCUUCGCAGUUGGCAUCGACAAGCUCUGAGCAUACCCUUUUCGGCCAUGGCCGACACGCUUGUCCCGGUCGAUUCUUUGCCGUGAAUGAGAUGAAAAUCAUUUUGGCUCAGUUUCUUCUGGAGUACGACCUGCGCGCUGAGGAGGGGCUUACCAAGCUUCAGCCACAGGCGUUCGAGACUUCCAUUGGCGUCAACCCAGCGGUUACGAUAGAAAUUCGACGGAGAAAUAAGAGCGCUGAUAUCGGAAUUGAGAAACGACAGUGA